AUGGCUCUUCUGCUCAAUUUUCGGUUUUAUAAGGUUGUUUUCACUGCUGACAUCAAACAAAUGUACAGGCAGAUUCUCGUUCACCCAUCACAUAGACGAUUUCAGCGAAUUCUUUUCAGAUUCUCUCUCUCAGAUCCAGUUCGAGUAUACGAGUUGAACACUGUUACGUAUGGUGUUGCUUCAUCUCCCUAUAUAGCUCUUCGGACGUUGAAACAAUUAUCUUCUGAUGAGGCGAUGGCUUUUCCUUCAGCGGUGAGCGUUCUACGGUCCGAAACAUAUGUAGAUGACAUCUUAUCAGGUGGAGAUAGCUUGGAGGAGGCUCGAGGUUUGCAGGACGAGUUGAUUUCUUUAUUGAGGCGUGGUGGAUUUGAACUCAGAAAAUGGUCCAGUAACAGAACUGAGCUAAUAGAUCAUUUUCCUCCAGAUCAUCGACAUCAAGAAUCGUUGAAUUUCGAUGAUUCUGUAUUGAAAAUUCUGGGACUCAGGUGGUUUCCAGCCGGAGAUCAUUUCUCCUAUGUUAUAGAUUCUACCGAAAGACCAGUUAGAAAACGAACAAUUCUUUCAGACUUGGCACGAAUCUUUGACCCAAUUGGUUUUCUGACACCAUUCACUUUCCUGGCCAAACAUCUCAUCCAACACCUUUGGACUCUAGGUCUGCAGUGGGACGAUGUUCCUCCAUCGGAACUAACGGAUCGUUGGAAUCAAUGUAAAUCCGAGUUGCAGGUUCUUUCCACUCUGCGAAUACCACGCAGAAUCUUCACUCAAUCAUUUACUAAAUGUGAAGUCCACGGAUUUGGGGACAGCAGCGAGAAGGGGUAUGCCGCUGUUGUUUACUUCCGAUUUAUUAAUCCAGAUGGUUCAAUAAAUAUUUCUUUGAUUGGCGCAAAGUCUCGGGUUUCACCAAUCAAACGCAUUUCUUUACCUAAGUUGGAGUUAUGUGCCGCUCUUCUCCUUUCAAAAUUACUUUCCUUCAUAAUAAAAUCAUAUGGACCCUCAUUGAAAGUGGAUGAAAUAUUCGCAUGGUCAGACUCCACCGUGGUUCUUCAUUGGAUCAAGUCAUCGCCCUAUCGCUGGAAGAGUUUCGUGAGCAAUCGUACCUCCCAAAUUCAGGAAUUAGUUCCUCCUGAUCGAUGGUAUUAUGUGAAGUCUCAAGAUAAUCCGGCAGAUUAUAUUCGAGAUAUUCGAGAUGUCGAACGGUGCGGAAGUGUGUAG